AUGUCGUUCGCUGGAAGACGUCGCGGAAACAAGGUCAAGAAGGGCGUGCAGUUCACGGUCAUGGUUGUCGGUGCCUCUGGAACUGGGCGCACUACCUUCGUGAACACGCUCUGCGAGUCCGAGGUGCUGAAGCACAAGAUUGUGGACGACCCGAGCAGGGCGCACAUUGAGGAGGGCGUCAAGAUCAAGCCUGUCAACGUUGAGCUCGAGGAGGAUGGCGUUCGCAUUGCGCUCACCAUUGUCGACACACCCGGCUUCGGCGACAACAUCGACAACGAGUUCACCUUCCAAGAAAUCAUCGGGUACAUUGAGCGCCAAUACGACGACAUUCUCGCGGAAGAGUCCCGUAUCAGACGUAACCCUCGCUUCCGGGAUAACCGUGUCCACACGCUGCUCUACUUCAUUUCGCCCACCGGUCACGCGCUUCGUGAGAUGGACAUCGAGCUGAUGCGCCGCCUGUCGCCGCGCGUGAACGUCAUCCCCGUUAUCGGCAAGGCAGACUCUUUGACGCCGUCCGAGCUUCGGGGAUUCAAGAAGCGGAUUAUGGAGGACAUCGAGCACUACGAUAUCCCCAUUUACAACUUCCCGUACGACAUCGAGGAAGACGACGAAGAGACGGUUCAGGACAAUAGCGAGCUUCGCUCGAUGCUGCCGUUCGCGAUCGUCGGAUCCGAGGAGGAGAUCGAGAUCGAGGGCGAGCCCGUCCGCGCGCGGAUCUACCCCUGGGGCAUCGUCGAGGUCGACAACCCGAAGCACAGCGACUUCAGCCGCCUGCGCAGCGCGCUGCUCAACACGCACCUCGCGGACCUCAAAUCGCUCACGCACGACGUGCUGUACGAAACUUACCGUACCGAAAAGCUCUCGCGCACGGUGCACCCCGACGGCGCGGCGGACUCGAGCAUCCUGCCGGAGGAGCUCGCGACGCAGAGCGUGCGGCUGAAGGAGGAGCAGCUGCGCAAGGAGGAGGAGAAGCUGCGCGAGAUCGAGCUCAAGGUCCAGCGGGAGAUCAACGAGAAGCGCCAGGAGCUGCUCGCCAAGGAGGAGUCGCUCAGGAACCUCGAGAGCCGCCUCGCUGCGCAGGGCUCUGCGGACCAGUAG